UCGACUUUGGCCAGUCUCCGUGUCCUCCAACCAUGGGAGCAGUGGUUUAGGGGGUCUACGCACAGACCAAGAGGGGAGCCAUCAGAAGACAUCAUCGCGUCAAAGGGACGGAAUCCCUUUAAAAGGGGGGGGGGGGCGAGGCCGCUCUGAGACCGAUCAACGAAGGGGAAACCAUCGUUUCUGGAAAAAGGAGUACUUCUCAUCUUCCAUAUUUCAUUAUUUGACUAUUAUUUGACAUUUCUCAUGGUUUGCGGCACUGGUUUGGAAUGUAAAAUAUUUUUUGGGGACUACUCGGGCAUCCAAGUGAAAGCUUUUGGAUUAUCCUCUGAGGUCCACCGUGUCCUUCACCAUCUGAGGGAUCUACCUACUUAUCCCCUCCACCUGGAACAACUUAGAUGAGCUCAACCUGCUAAUAACUCACCGAACAACAAGCGCAAGGCCUGCAGAGACCACUGUGUGUGACCACUGAAACCCCCGGUGGUUUGGUCUCUUUAGAUGCAACUGGCCGCCUCUGGAUUAACACUCAUUUCUUUAACCCCAACGGACUGAACUCUUCUUCUCCUCCGUCUCGGUGGUAGCGAGCCAUGCUGCUGAAGAUAAAGUUCAGCCUGCAGCGGCGGGUGCACGUGGCCCAGGGCCUGUGGCUGCUGUCCUGGAUGGCAGUGAUAUGGGGGGGCGUCAUCUUUUGUCUGGGGGUUUACCUUAAGACUGAGCUGCUCCGCAGGGCCGAGGUGAUGGACAACACGGAGAUCCACGUGGUGCCCGACAUCCUGAUGCUGGUGGGCCUGGCCUCCAUCGGCACCAACUGGUUGGCCAGUCGUGCGUGUCAGGACUCGUUGGACCCGAGUCGCUUCCCCCGCUGGAGAGUUCCCCUGCUGGUUUGGUUUUCUGUGGCCGCAGUGCUGUGUUGUCUGCUCAUCGCCGUUUUUGUGCUCAGCUACGCCCUGCAGGGAAGCCUGGAGGAGUCGCUGAAGGUCGGCCUGAGGAACGGCAUUCGCUUCUACAAGGACACAGACGUGCCGGGCCGCUGUUUCCAGAAAGAGACCAUCGAUCGUCUGCAGAUGGAGUUUCGCUGUUGCGGAAACAACAACUUCAAGGAUUGGUUUGAAGUCCAGUGGGUCAGCAACAGAUAUUUAGACUUCACCUCCAAGGACGUCAAGGACCGCAUUCGGAGCAACGUGGACGGCCGUUACCUGUUGGACGGCGUUCCCUUCAGCUGCUGUAACCCCACCUCCCCUCGCCCCUGCAUGCGCUACCACCUGACGGAUAACCACGCCCACUUCAACUACGACUACCAAUCAGAGGAGCUCAACCUGUACGGCCUCGGGUGCAGGCAGGCGCUGACCGACUACUACAUGGAGCUGAUGAACUCCACCGGCCCCGCCGUGCUGUCGGUCAUCUUGGUGCAGAUUUCAGUGCUCGUGAGCCUGAGGUACCUGCAGACGGCUGUGGAGGCCGCCAUGGCUCUGGAGGACCCAGCGGGCGACAGCGACGGUUAUCUCCUGGAGAAGAGUGUGAAGGAAACCAUCGAAGACCUCAAAGCCCAGGCCCUGACCAUGCUGAAGUUUGGGCAGGUCGACCCCGAUGACGCCGAGGGGUCGCCUGAGGCUGCGGACGUCGAGAAAGAUGAGAAGGAUGCGGCCCCUACAGCUGGCAGUUAGGAGGGAAACGAACGUUCAGCUGGGGGGGGGAAGGACGGACGGUUUCUUGGUAGAGUGAUCUUACGGGUAAAACACCUUCGCCGCGGCCGAAACGAGGCAAUAUAUAUGGAAUCGUAUCAGGCUGCGCACAGACCUCAGAACCGCUCCUCUGUGAAGGACCCGACGAAUGUGUAACCAUCACAGAAUGUGGCGAGGAGACGUGUAGUGCUUUUUGUUGUAACUAGAAGAGAGUGCAUUAACUUUUCAAGGGGUGUAGAGCUCACACACAUACACACACACACACACACACACACACACACACACACAUUUAACAACUUCUGAGAUGUGGCUCAAAGCUGGAAAAGCUGGAGUUCAUUCUAAAAGCACUAUAAUAUUCAUCUCACGGCUGUAGAGUUUGUGCUAAACUGCAAUGAAAUGCUUGAGAACCUGUUAAAAUGGCACAUGAAUUAUAUAUUAAAGGUAGACAUUUUUGACUGCUUUGCAGCGUGGGCUUCCGUUUGUACAAUAAUUUAUACAAAGCGUGCAGCGAAUGUCUGUGUGUGUGUCGGUUAUCUGAGUUCAGUUAGGAGAGCCGGAUUAACAUGUGGUGUCCUAAAUGAAGCUGUCAUCUCGUCUAUUCUGGCAGCUCGGAAACAAUCUCAUAAUCCUGAUGUGGUUAAACCCAGAGCUGCUGCACAAGCAGUAUCGACACACGCGCUGUCACAGAGGGACGCAAGAAGCGAAAGGAUGCAACAUGUUGCAAGUUAUUUCACAAAGAAAAACAUUUUUGUUGUUGUUGAGAAUACAGCAUUGUAAUCAGUCUUAGCUUUCUACUGUGUGCUCAUUGUUCCUAAUUAAAACAGAAUAAUCUC